GGAGGCGCCGGUGAUGCUGGGAAAGGAGCAAGAGAAUAAGGGUUUAGGGGUGGAUGAAACGGGGGACGAUGGGGACUGUCUGGGAAGGGUAGAUCUAGAGGGCAGCAAAGGUCCUGGCGCGGAUGAUGGAUAGUAGCAAAGGUCGUGAUAAAGUGCUCAAAUGUAUACAGUACACGCUGAAGACGUAUUUGUAUUUGAUGAGCUUGUUUGUAAGAGUCCGACCGCUCUCGCCGUGGUUCAGGGCGAAUCGAAAACGGAUGGCUAUCGCUGUAUCCGGUCUUUCCCUCACCCGAAAAUGUCUCCUCCUCCUAACACCCCUCCACCCCCUAUCCGACCUUCUCUCCCCCGCACCCAUAUCGGCGCGUACACUGUUGCUGCAUCUGGUGGAUUUGGCGGGGGCGGUGGCGGAUGAUGUGUUUUGUUUGAGCAAGUUGGGGGUUUUGGCGCGGGGGAAGGGGGAGGUUGGGGGGCGGUGGGCUGACCGGAUCUGGUUCCUAACAACCCUCAUCGGUCUAUACAAACUCCACACGCAAACCAUCCCCAGCCUCCCACCCCUGUCAAAACCAGUAUCAGUAACAGCGUGUGCCGAUCGAUUGCUCUCCCCGCAAGACAUUGCAAACCAGAGGGAAGAGGAGAGGAUGUGGGAGAAGGAGUGGGGUGAUGCGAGGUGGACGGGGAGAAAGUUGGUGGCGGAUUUGUGUUUUGUUUCGUAUGAUGUGUUGGGUCUCGAUUUCCCGUUGGUUGGGGAACCGAUGCAGUGCGUGGCGGGGUUAGUUUCUGGGUUUAUCAGUGCGACGAAGCUGUAUAACCAGCAUUGGGAUGCUAGUCUUGGCAAAUGAAUCUAAAUCCACCCCCCACUACACUACAUUCUCGGAUCUCAUCCCUAGCUCCCACUCGACCUGUUUCUUCGGCUUGUUUCGACUUUCUUGACUAUCGUCGAUCAUUCCGACCUUUGACCCUUUUGGGGGGUUGGGGGUUCUUGGGCGUAGGCGUAAAAGUGCAGUGUUGUGAUUCGGGGUAAUGAGAGAGAGAGAGGUAGGGAGGAUGUAAAAUAGCGUUUGGCGUUUUGCGUUCAGAUGGAUAUAUGGAUACUUGUAUAGUGUAAUGUGAAACGACGAUUCAUC